AUGGCCGGACGCAUCCACGGAUUUUUAGGUGGCGUGCUGCUCACAGGCUCCAUCGCUUACCUUACCGCUCGUGAAUUUCGUCUAAAUCAAGCAGUCAUUUCGCAAUCUUUGAGAGAAUCAUCGCGCAUUAUUGAGGAAAGAGAUCUUCCAGUUCCUCAUCAGUCCAAUGUUCUUGAAUUUAGACAAAAAACCCUCGCUGAAAGCAUCAAAGACAUCUGGAACCACGAAGUUAUCAAAGGUGUCAAUUACAUUUAUUCGCUCGAUUACUCCGGUGUGGGAGACUCGAUCACUAAAAGUAUUGACAGAUUUAUAAAUAACAAAAAUUGA